ACUCAAAUACAACAAAAAGAAAAUCUCAGAAUACUAAGUUGGCAACACCUCUGUGACAUCAUUGUAAACAAAAUGGCAGCGUGCUGAGCAACCUUGACGUCGCUAAUGCUUUUUGUUGAUGAUUUAGCGUUUCUAGUCACGUAAACUAAUACCCAUUUAUUAAUUGGUCUAGGCAUACACCUGUUCCUUCAAGCUCUGUUUACACACACAUUUUGUCAUGCAGCUGUGGGACCCUGGUCAAGUUUUUGCAAUUCUUUGUGUCCUGGCAGUCAUUUUUGCUGCUGCCUGGAUUUUCUUUAGAGGAAAUGUAGGACAAUGUGACAGUGCUGUUGAUUUGUCUGGAAAGACUGUCAUUGUCACUGGUGCAAACACUGGUAUUGGCUUCAUGACAGCCCUAGAUCUUGCAAGAAGAAAUGCACGUGUUAUCUUGGCAUGCCGCAGUAGAGAAAAAGCAGAGAAAGCCAAAGAAGAAAUCGUUGCAAAGACAGGGAACACAAAUGUUGUUGUGAGACUCCUUGAUUUGUGUUCCCUGAAAUCUGUGAGGGACUUUGCAAAACAGAUUAUAGAGGAAGAACCUCGACUCGAUAUUUUGAUCAACAAUGCUGGUGUUGUGAAUGAAGGAAGGGGAAAGACCUUGACUGAUGAAGGACUUGAGACAUUAUUUGCUGCCAACUACUUUGGACCAUUUCUCCUUACUAAUUUAUUACUUGAUCUGUUGAAGAAAUCUGCACCAAGUCGCAUUAUCAAUGUCUCUUCUGUAAUCAAUAAAUUUGCUACUAUUGACUUUGAAAACUUGAAUGCUGAAAAGUCUUUCAAGCAUCAUCAUCAGUACGCUGAUAGCAAACUUGCUGUGAUUCUGUUUACUCGUCAGUUGGCCAAGAAACUUGAGGGAACAGGUGUUACAGCCAAUGUUCUACAUCCUGGAACAGUCUAUACAGAUCUGUUUAAACAUUUAUUUUUUCUUCUUCGUUAUCCUCUGUUAACUUUUAUAAGGAUAUUUUGUAAGACACCAGAAGAAGGUGCACAGACCAGUCUUUAUUUGGCCUUGUCAGAUGAUGUUAAGGACAUCAGUGGGAAAUAUUUUGUUGACUGUCAGCUAAUGGAAAGUGGAGCUAAUCCAUUGUCUCGCAACAUGGAAGUGGCAGAAAAGCUCUGGAAUGUUUCAGAAGAAAUAACUGGACUCUCGUCAAAGAAGAAAAAUUGUAUUGGCUUCAUGACAGCCCUACAUCUUGCAAGAAGAAAUGCACGUGUUGUCUUGGCAUGCCGCAACAAAGCCAGAGCAGAGAAAGCCAAAGAAGAAAUCAUUGCAAAGACUGGGAACACUAAUGUUGUUGUGAGACUCAUUGAUUUGUGUUCCCUGAAAUCUGUUAGGGGCUUUGCGCAACAAGUUAAAGAGGAAGAACCUCGACUUGAUAUUUUGAUCAACAACGCUGGUACAGUAAGUGAAGGAAAAUACAGAGUGUUAACAGAAGAUGGUCUGGAAACAUUAUUUGCUACUAACUAUUUCGGGCCAUUCUUUCUAACUAAUUUAUUGCUAGAUCUCAUGAAGUGUACUCCACAUAGUCGUAUUAUUAAUGUCUCUUCUGUCAUGAGCAACUAUGGAACAAUUGACUUACAAAAUCUAAAUGCAGAGAAAUCAUACAGUCCUAGCAAAUGUUAUGCAGCCAGCAAACUGGCUAUGGUUUUGUUCACUCAAGAGUUGGCCAGAAAGUUAGAAGGUUCAGGUGUCACAGCCAAUGUUUUACAUCCUGGUGUUGUCAAUACUGAUCUGUUCAGAAAUUUGUCCUUUCUGUUUCGCUAUCCUAUCAAAGGCUUUGUCACAUUGUUUUGUAAGACACCGGAAGAAGGUGCACAGACCAGCCUCCAUUUGGCCUUGUCAGAUGAUGUCAAGACAAUUAGUGGGAAAUACUUUGCGGACUGUCGGUUGAUGGAAAGUGGAGCAAAUCCAAUAAUCCACGACAAAGAAUUAGCAGAAAAACUCUGGAAAAUUUCCUGUGAAAUGACUGGACUGUCUUCAAAGAGGAUGGAUUCAAACAAAAAUAAUAGCAAAUAAACAUUCAUCUCGCUAGGAUUAUUAUACAGUUAAAAAGUUCCUUAGGCAUCUAAUGAAAAUUACAUAAAUUAACAAUAUUUACAUUUAUUGGUACAUAUUCUACAUAAUUUACGGACAAUACUUUUGUGAAA